AUGUACCAAGAUUUCACAACACACUGUGAUCUAAUGGACGAGGUCCUGGGCAAUACCGGAAUCUUGACGCCACAAAUCUUUGAGGCAGAUCAGCUCCUCGACUUUUUGCCCGGCAAGACACCUGAUUUCAACGGCAUCUUCUCCACGACUCAUCAAACGACGCGAGAUCAGCCCCCGGGCAAUGACGAGAGCUUUGCGUCUCAUUUGACGCCGGAAGACUUCCCAUCUGACGCUAGGAUGCAUAGCUCUGAAGCCGGACCGGGAGGAGUUGGCCUCGAUGUCGAUAACGCGUAUUUCUCCACCAGUUCGAGAGGACACCGCCCCAGCCGUUGGGGAGAGGCAUAUUUGGAAGAAGAUGUUGGUCACAGCCUGCAGAAAGCGGCUUCAGGCCAUAUCAAGUACAUGGGGCCAAGCAUGGCAUUCGUCGCUGGGACACAGAUAGGCCAGACAUGGAUUACCAAUGCAACAUCCUCGACCUAUUUCGCCGACCAGAUGCACUCAUUUCUCUCCAAGUGGACUCCUGAUGCCCUUGAUGACGUGCUGUCCACAUCCCGGCCUUAUGAUGCCGCUUAUCUACCACCUUAUGAUGUUGCUCUAUCAUAUCUCCAGACAUAUUUCGAUGAAGUGCAGUGUGCUUUUCCUGUCCUCGACCAGCAGAGCUUCAUCCACGAAUUCAAUCGUUCUUAUUCUUCGUUAUCACAUGUUCAAAAUCCGACGUGGUGUGCUCUCGUCAACAUCGUGUUGGCCAUGGGGAGUCGUGCUAGUGUCAGUACGAAUGACGACCAGACUUGUGGCCUCUUCUGCAAUGCUCUAGGGUUGUUCUCUCGGGUAGCGCUUGGACUGUCGUCUCUGCGCAAAGUGCAGACCUUGACGCUUAUGUACCUCUUCCUGAGCCACUCAACCUCUCCACAUUGGGGUUACACCAUCCUUGCCUGUGCCGUGCGCGACAGUCAAGCCCUUGGACUUCAUCUGCAGCCUCGAAGAGCAUGGGGAUUUUCCCACGAAGAAUUGAGACAGCGCAGCCUCGUGUUCUGGACGUUGUAUUGCUUGGAUACGCUGUUGACAUUUCGCCUCGGCCGUGCCCCCAUACUCCGCCGAGAAGAUAUCGAGGUCCAAGUGCCGAAGCAUAUCCUUGAAGCCGACUUCUCGAACCCUGAAGACUGUGGCUUUAUGGAUGAUCCUCUUCUCGGACUUCCACAGAGAGAGCUCUUCCUUGCCAAUAUCGAAGUUUCGCAUAUUCUGCAACGCGUAUUCGAACUAACCGCAAGAUCAUUGGAGCUCGAGAUCCUAGAGUCAAAGACUGCGGAGAUUGAAAAAGAGAUAUCAAAAUUCUGUGACAGCCUUGAUGCUAACUGGCUUCUCAAAUCGGGCAACGAAGCGCGACAAAUUUCCAACACGUCUCAUCUGCUGAGACUACCUCUUCUGGUCCUCAACUCGUCGAUUUGUGUGGCGAGAUGGAUCUUGGGUAUGAGAGUGCUCGCGGGGAAAACUGUGCAAGGCCUCAAGCAUAAAUCUUCUGAUCAGCUACCGGGCCAUGCUUCAUCUGAGACUCGGGAUCUUGAAAAAACCGGGGAAGCAGCUGCACUAUUGAUUCGGAUGAUCACGGCAUUGCCCAAAGAUGUGUCGAACUUCUACUGGUAUCUUGAGCCUUUUCCUGCAUUUGCUUUGUACGUCUUGUACCUGGCCAUCCUUCACAACCCGGCGGUUCCCGAGGCAAGUGAAUACAUGGAGCUGAUCUCCAUCGUCGUCGAGUCCUCGGUACACAGUGUUGACACACCGCGACCGCUACUCGGAGACCCUCAUUUGACACAUUUUCUGACCUUCUUUGCACGAUCUGCACGUAUGACUAUAACAAGAGCCAAAUCUUGA